UUUUUUUUAGACGGAAGGAAGCGGCAGACAAGUUAGAUGUAGUUCUUGGCGUGUUUCGUAUAAUAUUAGUAAUACUAUUGUAAUCUGCGUGACAGUUUCACUAAACUCUCUGACUUUAUUCCUGUCCGGAUUUUUUUCAGCCCGUCGGUGGGCUGCGUCGUUUCCUCUUGCUCCGUGUAACCGCGACGUGAUGGAAAGUUAACGUUAGCACUCGGAAAAAUAACGGACUAGCUAGUUAGCUAUCACCAGCUGUCCUAACACACAUGACUGGAGAAACCGAUUAACUGGUUAUGACUGUGACUGUACUUAGUUCUAUUUUUCUUCCGGGGAAAUUUUGUUUUCUCGGUUAACAUACAUAUUCUUUUAGCAGGUUUUUACCCCACCCCCACACCCACCAUCAUACGUGUUAACUUAGCAAGUGUGGCUAGCUGGGCUACCUGAAGAAAAACGCCGCUUUAUGCGCGGAAGUGUUUGAACACCUAUGGACUAGCUGUGUGCUGUCAUAAAGCUGAUAUGGUUGAUAGGCUAAAGCUGCUGCUGCCAAGUUAAGUCUCUGCCCGUGAGGACAUCCGGUCCACCAUGAAGACCCUCGGACCCAGAAUCUCAUUUUAUGCGGGCUUUGUGGUGGGAACUUUUACGCUGUACGUGUUUCUGCGGCAGCUUUGGUUUGAGAAGACUCUGCCAAUGCAUCAAGUCACCACCUUGGCUAGAAUUCAGGACUACCAGCAACAGCUCGAGGAGGAAAAGAAAAUGUGGAAGAAAGAGGGGUCUGCACUUUUCAACCUCGAGCACCCUCAUCACAUAGGUGAGGAUAGCCGCAUGGCUGAUGAAUUGUACAAAAAGGUGCGUAUUCUUUGCUGGGUGAUGACUGGACCCAAAAACCUGGAGACGAAGACUCGACAUGCGAAGUACACUUGGAGUCGCCAUUGCAAUAUUGUUGUCUUCAUGAGCUCUGUGGAUGACCCCGACUUCCCCACAGUGGGAUUAGGUACAAAGGAGGGUCGGGAUCAGCUGUACUGGAAAACAAUUCGGGCCUACCAUUAUGCUUAUGAGCAUUAUGCAGAUGAGGCAGAUUGGUUCCUCAAGGCAGAUGACGACACCUACGUCAUAGUGGACAACCUGCGCUGGAUUCUUGCAAACCACACUCCUGAGGAACCUAUUUACUUCGGCAGACGAUUCAAGCCCUACACUAAGCAGGGCUACAUGAGUGGUGGUGCAGGCUACGUACUGAGCAAAGAGGCUUUGCGAAGAUUUGUUGAAGGUUUUAAAAGCAAACAGUGUACUCAUACUACCUCCGUAGAGGACCUGGCAAUGGGGCAGUGCAUGGAGAAAGUUGGGGUGCUGGCUGGAGACUCCAGAGACUCUUUUCAUAGGGAGACAUUUCACCCCUUUGUCCUUGAGCAGCACCUCACUGCCAAAUUUCCAAAGAGCUUCUGGUAUUGGAGCUACUGCUACUACCCCAUCUCAGAGGGUCCUAACUGCUGCUCGGACAUGUCAAUAUCUUUCCAUUACGUGGAUGCUGUAGGGAUGUAUUUAAUGGAAUAUUACACUUAUCACCUGCGUGCCUUUGGCUACAGAUAUCGCUAUCAGCCUCCCACCCCACCUGGCUACAGUAUAAAUAAGUUUGAAUCGUGGGAUGCUGGGAAAAAAGACAAAAAGCUGGAACAAAAACUAGUCCAUCCAGACCUAUCCAGAACUGACAAGAGACAGAAUGAAGAUCCCCCUCCUGUAGAUGGUAAAGAUGGUCCUGCUGCUGCAGAGGGUAAAUAACAGUGGGACUUUGUAGCAGUGUUGAGGGUACUGAUCAUUAGGAUAUGCGGUGGAUUUGGGGUGUUGAGUGUUUGGGUAUCCAUUCUGAUAAUCAAAGUGAAGUAUAAAAACUUUGUCCACUUAGACUGCUAGUGAACUUUGACAGCAAGACUGGGUGUUCCCCAUGC